UUGAAGAGACAAAUAAAGAAGAGGAAAAGCAUUGAUCCUGAAAUACCAAUCUAGUAUCAUUCGUGAGAGAAGAUUUUGUAAUAUUCCAUAAACUAGAAAUUAGGGGAAAAGAAAACAAACAAACAAAAGAAAAAAAGAUAGGAAGAAAGAGCUUUAACUUUUGGAAUUGGAAGAAGCACAAGCACACAUAAAAUUCACAAAGUCUCUGUUUUACCUUUUAACCCCUUCAAGAAUCAUCCUUUAACUUCAGUGCCCUCUUACUUUCUCCUCUCUCUCUCUCUCUCUCUCUCUCUCUCUCUUCCUCUGUUUCUUCGCCAUUCUCUCAGCUUUUUUGCUUCUUCUUCGUCUUUGUCAGAGUUAAUGGAGCUGUGGACAGAAGCUAGAGCCCUAAAGGCAAGUCUAAGAGGAGAAUCUACUACAUCUCUGAAACAUCACCAACUGAUUGUGUCGGAAGAUUUAAGCCGAACUUCUUCUUUGUCCGAAGAUUUCUCCGUUGAGUGUUUCCUCGAUUUCUCAGAAGGUCAAAAAGAAGAAGAAGAACUUGUCUCUGUUUCUUCUUCACAAGAAGAACAAGAACAAGAACAAGAUUGUAUCUUUAGUUCACAACCUUGCAUCUUUGAUCAACUUCCUUCUUUGCCGGAUGAAGAUGUGGAAGAGCUUGAAUGGGUAUCUCGUGUUGUGGAUGAUUGUUCAUCACCAGAAGUCUCACUUCUCUUAACACAAACCCACAAAACCAAACCAAGCUUCUCAAGAAUUCCGGUUAAACCAAGAACUAAACGGUCUCGGAACAGUUUAACCGGUGGUCGUGUUUGGCCACUCGUUUCAACCAAUCAUCAACAUGCAGCAACAGAGCAGUUGAGGAAGAAGAAACAAGAAACGGCCGUUGUGUUUCAACGAAGAUGCAGCCAUUGUGGCACAAACAACACACCACAGUGGAGGACCGGUCCGGUCGGUCCCAAAACUUUAUGUAAUGCAUGUGGAGUCCGGUUUAAGUCUGGUAGGCUCUGCCCGGAAUAUAGACCGGCGGAUAGUCCGACGUUCUCGACUGAGAUUCAUUCAAAUCUACAUAGGAAGGUUCUGGAAUUGAGAAAGAGUAAAGAGUUGGGUGAAGAAACAGGUGAAGCUAGUACUAAAUCAAACCAAGUCAAAUUUGGCAGCAAGUGGUAGAUAAGACUUAGGUAAAACCUACUUUUUGUAACAUUAUCUGUAGUGUUGUAAUUUAACAACUUGCUUCUUAACAUUUGAAACUGUUUCAGGAACUAGUCUUAAGUAAACAAUGGUAUUCUAUAAACAAAAUCAUGUUUUUUAAUGA